AUGGCGACCUACUAUCCUAAUUCGACCAGCCAAAGAGAUCUCAUGCCAGCAAUUUAUCAGAGAGAUCUUGGGCAUGAUCCCUACACCGAUUCUUCCUUGCCCAGCAGUAACAUUGUGUAUCUAAAUUACCCAUCUCCCGGCUCAUAUUCUGAUCCCAUGGCCGAAGGUUCUCGGGCACAACAUACCUUGGUUGAGCUCGCUAUUCCUACCAGCAUGCUGUCUCACGAGCCUUCCUCUCACAUUGGGGACAAUUUCUUCAAUGCGUGGGGAGAUGGGAAGUGUGAGAUGAUGCAUUCCGUCAGUGGCCCCGCAUCUACGAUGCAAUUGGGCGACAUUGUAGAUGGGCAGAGGCUUUCUCAUCCAGGAUCAAGUCUUCAUGGCAUUGGGGGCCAAGGGCUGUCUCUGAGCCUCGGCAGACAAUAUUCGACGCCCUCAUUUCAGUAUAAUGCUUCCAAUUCCGACAUAUCCUUUCUGGGUCCUCAUCAGUCUGCUGCAAGAAACAGCUUCCAUGGAAGAGAGAGAAGCAUCUAUUGUGAGCCGCCCCCACCAGGCCUCUCCGAUUUACCAUGUCCUAUCACAAAUUCUAAGUACCUCAAAGCUGCACAGCAAUUGCUUGAAGAAGUUGUUAAUGUUCAGAGAGCCCUGAAGCAGAUGACAGAGAAAAGUCUCCCCAGUGGAGCCUCAAAGGAGAAUGAUGCGAGUCUAAGGAGUGAUGAGAUGCAUCAGAACACUGACGACUCUGCUCCAAACUCCGUCUCUGAGGUCUCGGCGACCGACAAGCAGGAACUUCAUAACAAGAUGACAAAGCUUCUGAAUAUGUUAGAUGAGGUGGGUUCUUCUUCUGCUCAGCUCCGCACAUCUCCUUAUAUCGGUUUGUAUGUUCCUUUCAUCUUCAUCUUCUUGCGUUCUUGUAUAAUCAAGUCAAGUAUUUAUGCGCAAUCGUUUUCCAGUAAUUAAGGUUUUCCUUUCUCUUAAUGAAAAUUAUCCAGGGAGCAGGUCGGUCUCUCUCUGGUAAAUAUUUUCAUUUAGAGCAAAGAAAAUCGUGAAUAUCAACUUAUUUAGCUCAUGGGUUCUAGCCCUAGUAUGAUAUUUCUCGCCUUCUAUAUAAAUAUAUAUCACCGUGGUCUCCCCUGUGAGAUCAGAUGGGAUGAUGACCGAUUGCAUCUAGAAACCAAGCCAUGGAGCUCAUCCUAGUGUCUUCUCAAUCAUUCUCACUCUCCACAGUUGAAGCCAGCUCCCUGGGUUUACUGCGAAUCUCUUCUUUUUGUUGAAAACGAUCUAGUGAUCUUCAAAUUGCUCGGGAAUCAUCGUCUUCAUCUUUUGCAGGUCGACAGGAGGUACAAGCAGUACUACCACCAGAUGCAGGCGGUGGUGACGUCCUUCGACAGGAUUGCCGGCAGUGGGGCGGCGAAGCCGUACACUGCGCUUGCCCUGCAGACGAUCUCUCGCCAUUUCCGGUCCCUGAGGGACGCUAUCGACGCCCAGAUCCGAGCGGCGGCGAAUGCAGGCCUGGCGGAGCUCGCGCCACCUUCCGCUGGGGACCGCAGUGGCGGAAUUCACCGCCUCCGCUACGUCGACCAGAAGCUCAAGCAGGAGAGGGCCUUCCAGCAGCACGCCUGGAGACCCCAGAGGGGCCUCCCGGAGACCUCUGUUUCCAUACUCCGUGCAUGGCUCUUCGAGCACUUCCUCCACCCGUAAGCUCCCCCCUCUCUCUCUCUCUCUCUCUCUCUCUCUCUCUCUCUCUCUGAGAUCGCUCUGAGCUCUCCUCCUCUAUCUCAUCAGUCGUCUUCUUCCUUCUGCAGGUACCCGAAGGAUUCGGACAAGCUGGUGCUUGCGAGGCAGACGGGGCUGACGAGAAACCAGGUUUCGAACUGGUUCAUCAAUGCCCGGGUGCGGCUGUGGAAGCCCAUGGUGGAGGAGAUGUACAAGGAGGAGUUCGGCGGCCCCGCCGCCGCCGCCGAGGGGGACUCCUACUCCUCCGGGGGCGGCGCGGCGCCGCCGCCGCCGAAAGACGGGGUCGAAUCCUUGACUCCGCCGCCGCCGCCGCCGCAGGGGGGGAAGUAUGUGUCCCUCACACUGGGGUUGCAUCACUGUGACGGCGGCGGUCGUGGGCAGGGGCCUGCGGCGCUGAGAGUCAACGGGAUGUACGACCCGCCGCCGGCGACCUUCGGGGCGGAGAUGGGGGAGUAUGAGUGUCUGAAUCUUGUGGAGCGGCAGCAGAGGCUCGGUGGGUCGUCGCAGCUCCUUCACGAUUUCGUGGUGUGA